CAACGACGACGACGACGACGCCAAGAAUAACGACGACGCGGACGUCGACGACGAGGACGACGACGAGGUCCCCGCUGUGACCACGCACCGCCGCCACGAGCAUGGCGUCCGACGAGGAGGUCGACGAGAGUUUUGCGGGAGAAGAUGAAAUAGAAGAGACUGGCAAUCAAGUAUCCAGUGCCGGGCAACAAGUUGAAGGGUCGUCAGAUGCCGAAGAGUCUCAACGACUAGAGGAGGAUGACGAUUAUGAGCCUGAGGAGCGCAAGAAGAAGAAGGGAAAGAAGCGGAAAGCACGAAGUGAAGACAAAAAGGGCAAGAAAAAAAAGAAAAAGAAAAAGUCUGACUCCGGCGAUGAAAGCGACUUUGGCGGCGGAGUUGUCGCAGGCGGUAUGGCCGGUGAAAACGCCGACAUCGCUGGCGAAGAUAGCGAUUACGCGAGUAAUCGCAAGAGUCGCAAGUCUUCGUCGAGGAAGUCGUCGAGCCACUCAACACCGGCGCCAACGACGCAGGGCCAGCAGGAACCGGCUACCGGAAUGCCCACGAUAGAAGAAGUCUGCAGCACUUUUGGUCUCACGGACGUCGCUAUCGAGUACACGGAUGCCGACUUUCAAAAUUUAACGACUUACAAGCUGUUUCAGCAGCACGUUAGGCCUUUAUUAGCUAAGGAGAAUCCCAAGGUACCUAUGUCGAAAUUGAUGAUGUUAGUAGCAGCAAAGUGGAGAGAUUUCUCCGAGUUAAAUCCUCACACACAGCCGGAAAUCGAUGUUUCUUCUCAGUCUAUUGACGAUGAAAAUAGAAACGCCAGAUCGAAUCGAAGCACCAAUGUGCAAGACGAGGACGAGGAAGAAGAUGAUGAAGAUAGCGAUCGAAAGAAAAAGUCUCGGGGUUCAAGGACAAAGAAGGGCAAGAAGACGUCAAAAGUACCAACUUUAAAGAUUAAGUUGGGAAAGCGCAAGCGGGGUAGUUCGGACGAGGAGGUUGAAGGAAGCGGACCAGGUUCAGACAGGGAUUCAGAUAUGGAGUUUGAGCAGAUGCUGGCUGAUGCUGAAGAUUUGCCACCAACGGAGAACAAUACAAAGACGGAGGAGGCGAGCACCGAGACACCAGCUGCACCGCCUGUACGCAGGAAGGCAAAGACCAAAAUCGGUAACAAAACAAAGAAGAAAAAGAAGACGAAGACUACAUCUAAAUUUCCGGAUGGAGAGACUGAUCAUCAAGAUUACUGUGAAGUAUGUCAACAAGGUGGAGAGAUUAUUUUAUGUGAUACCUGUCCACGAGCUUAUCAUUUGGUUUGCUUGGAACCUGAAUUGGAAGAAACACCAGAAGGAAAAUGGAGUUGCCCGCAUUGCGAAAACGAAGGUGCGGCGGAGGACGACGAUGAGCACAUGGAAUUCUGUAGGGUAUGCAAAGACGGUGGUGAACUGCUUUGCUGCGACAGCUGCACGAGCGCUUACCACACCCAUUGCCUGAAUCCGCCGCUCUCGGAGAUCCCGGACGGCGAUUGGAAGUGCCCGCGCUGUUCGUGCCCGCCGCUUUUCGGCAAGGUCGCCAAGAUCCUUACCUGGCGCUGGAAGGAGGUCGUCGAGCCACCGACGGACGAGCCGUCGACGAGCAAGGCCUCGGCCAAGCCACGCAAGAUACGUGAAUUUUUCGUCAAGUGGGUCGACAGAUCGUACUGGUACUGCGAUUGGGUGACGGAGCUUCAGCUCGACGUAUUCCAUCCCCUAAUGUACAGAAACUAUUCGCGCAAAUACGACAUGGACGAGCCGCCGAAGCUCGAGGAGCCUCUCGACGAAAGCGACUCCCGGGUCAAGCGGCUCAAGGAUGUCGAUAAGGACAAUGUGUUGACGCGCGACGAGUACAAUCUCGAGGAGCGCUUUUAUCGGUUCGGUGUCAGACCCGAGUGGCUGGUCGUUCAUCGUGUCAUUAAUCACCGGCUCCAGCGGGACGGACGCGCCCUUUACCUGGUCAAGUGGCGCGAGCUCGGCUACGACAUGGCCACUUGGGAGGACGAGAACGCCGACAUACCCGGCCUCAAGCAAUCGAUCGAAUACUAUCUCGAUCUAAGGGCGGCCAACUGUGCUGACGGGCCUACGAGCUCGAGAAAGGGUAAGAAGGGUAAGGGCAAAAAGUCCAAGACGAAGGAAAUUAUUGACGACGAGGAGCGAGCGCCAAGGAGGUAUACCCCACCUCCUGAAAAGCCAACCACCGAUCUCAAGAAGAAGUACGAGAGGCAGCCUGAGUACCUUGACAUCACCGGCAUGCAGUUGCAUCAUUAUCAACUAGAGGGUUUGAACUGGCUGCGGUAUUCGUGGGGACAAGGCAUUGAUACAAUCUUGGCCGACGAGAUGGGUCUCGGAAAAACUAUCCAGACCAUCACAUUUCUAUAUUCACUUUAUAAAGAAGGCCACUGCAAAGGUCCAUUUUUGGUGUCCGUGCCACUUUCGACCAUCAUUAAUUGGGAAAGAGAAUUCGAAACGUGGGCGCCAGAUUUUUAUUGCGUUACAUAUGUUGGUGACAAGGACAGUCGUAUGGUAAUUCGCGAGAACGAGUUGUCUUUCGAGGAAGGUGCUGUUCGGGGCGGUCGAGCCUCUAAAAUUCGCUCGUCACAAAUCAAGUUUAACGUGUUACUUACGAGUUACGAAUUAAUAUCGAUCGAUUCGGCCUGUCUGGGCUCGAUCGAUUGGGCUGUUCUCGUCGUUGAUGAGGCUCAUCGUCUCAAGUCCAAUCAGUCCAAGUUUUUCAGACUCUUAGCUUCUUAUAAUAUUGCAUAUAAAUUGCUUCUCACGGGUACACCGUUACAAAAUAACCUCGAGGAACUUUUCCAUUUGUUGAACUUUUUGUGUCGCGACAAGUUCAAUGAUCUUUCGGCGUUUCAAAAUGAAUUCGCCGACAUCUCGAAGGAGGAACAGGUGAAGAAACUCCACGAGAUGUUGGGACCUCAUAUGUUGCGACGUUUGAAAGCAGAUGUACUAAAGAAUAUGCCUAGUAAAUCUGAAUUCAUUGUACGAGUUGAACUGUCGCCUAUGCAGAAAAAGUACUACAAAUACAUUUUGACGCGAAACUUCGAAGCGCUGAAUCCGAAAGGCGGCGGUCAGCAGGUUUCGCUUCUCAACAUAAUGAUGGAUUUAAAGAAGUGCUGUAAUCAUCCGUACCUGUUUCCCGCGGCGUCACAGGAAGCGCCAACCGGACCCAAUGGCAAUUACGAGACCUCGGCCCUCAUCAAGGCCGCUGGUAAGCUCGUUCUGCUCAGCAAAAUGUUGAAGAAACUACGCGACGAUGGCCACCGAGUUUUGAUCUUUUCACAAAUGACAAAGAUGUUGGACUUGCUUGAAGAUUAUUUGGAGGGAGAAGGAUAUAAAUAUGAAAGAAUCGAUGGUAAUAUCACGGGAACCCAAAGACAGGAGGCUAUAGACAGAUUUAAUGCUCCCGGCGCUCAGCAAUUUGUCUUUCUGCUUUCCACCAGAGCAGGCGGCUUAGGUAUCAAUUUGGCAACAGCCGACACUGUGAUAAUCUAUGACUCCGACUGGAAUCCGCACAAUGACAUUCAGGCCUUCAGUCGUGCCCAUCGUAUCGGCCAAGCCAACAAGGUGAUGAUCUAUCGCUUCGUGACACGUAACUCCGUGGAGGAACGCGUGACCCAAGUGGCCAAGCGCAAGAUGAUGCUCACCCACUUAGUCGUGCGGCCUGGCAUGGGCGGUAAGGGUGCCAACUUCAGCAAGCAAGAGCUCGACGACAUCCUGCGAUUCGGUACUGAGGAGCUGUUUAAAGAGGAGGAGGGCAAGGAGGACGAGGCCAUUCAUUACGAUGACAAGGCCGUGGCCGAGCUUCUCGACAGGAGCAAGGAGGGUAUCGAGCAGAAGGAGAAUUGGGCUAAUGAGUACCUGAGCUCCUUCAAGGUCGCCUCUUACGUCACAAAGGAGGGCGAGACCGAAGAGGAGGCCGACACAGAGAUCAUAAAGCAGGAGGCCGAGAAUACCGAUCCAGCUUACUGGAUCAAAUUACUUCGACAUCAUUAUGAGCAGCAGCAGGAGGACAUUGCAAGGACCUUGGGCAAGGGCAAGCGCGUCAGGAAGCAGGUGAACUAUAACGACGGGGGCGUGACGGGCGACCAAGGCACCCGCGACGACCAGCCAUGGCAGGACAACAUGUCCGACUACAACAGCGAUUUCAGCGCGCCAAGCGACGACGACAAGGAGGACGACGAUUUCGACGAGAAGGGCGAGGGCGAUCUACUCUCGCGGCGCAGCAGACGAAGACUCGAGCGCCGCGACGAGAAGGAUAGGCCCCUGCCGCCUCUCCUUGCCCGCGUCAACGGCAACAUCGAGGUUCUUGGCUUCAAUGCCAGGCAGCGUAAGGCAUUCCUCAAUGCGAUCAUGCGAUACGGAAUGCCACCCCAGGACGCCUUUAACUCCCAAUGGCUUGUGCGCGAUUUACGAGGUAAAUCAGAGAAGAACUUCAAAGCCUACGUGUCGCUAUUUAUGCGCCACUUGUGUGAGCCCGGGGCCGAUAACGCGGAAACCUUUGCCGACGGUGUGCCACGAGAGGGUCUGAGCCGCCAGCACGUGCUCACGCGCAUUGGCGUCAUGUCGCUCAUACGUAAGAAAGUCCAGGAGUUCGAGCACAUAAACGGUUACUACUCGAUGCCGGAAAUGAUUCGCAAGCCCGUAGAGCCGGUAAAGUCGGGCGAGGGCGCGAUGGUGGCCGGAGUUCCAGCCAUCGCCACGACGAUGGACGGCGUGGCCACGGGAUCGGCCAGUAGCACCGGCGGUACGACACCGGCAACCUCGAAUGCACCCAGUCCGAGUCCGGCAACUAGCAUCGCCGCCGCCUCGUCAGUGGACGUGAUCGCCCUGGCUAAAGAGGAGACCAAGGACAAGGAUGUGAUCGCUGACGAUGCCAAGGACAAGGACAUAUUAGAGAUCUCCGUUAAAGAGGAGUCCAAGGACGAGGAGAAGCCCGGGCUGCGCUCCGAGGACGAGGUCAAGGAGCUGGAUGCCAAGAAAGAGGAGAAGGACUCGGCCCCGGAGCUGGAGAAGUUGCCGCUGGACACCAAGGAGCCCGAAAAAACGGAUGUGAAGGAGGUUGAAAAACUUGAGCUUAAGGAGGAGAAAAUGCUUAAAGACGAGGCUGCGAUAACGAUCGAGAAAAUAGAAACAAAACCGAAACUCGAGACAACUAUCGAGGAGGAUGUAGUGAUCGUGAAGGACGACGAGGAGGAAGCGGCAACGGCCAACGACAAAAAGGACGAGGACAAGGAGAGUAAAGAGUCGGCCGAAGUCGAGGCGGCUAAGCCCAAGCGCAAGUUCAUGUUCAACAUAGCCGACGGCGGCUUCACCGAACUCCACACCCUCUGGCUGAACGAGGAGAAGGCCGCGGUGCCGGGCCGCGAAUACGAGAUCUGGCAUAGGCGGCACGACUACUGGCUCCUGGCGGGCAUCGUCACCCACGGUUACGGUCGCUGGCAGGACAUUCAGAACGACAUAAGGUUCGCCAUCAUCAACGAGCCCUUUAAAAUGGACGUCGGCAAGGGCAACUUCCUCGAAAUCAAAAAUAAGUUUCUGGCGAGGCGGUUCAAGCUGCUCGAGCAGGCGCUCGUUAUCGAGGAGCAGCUGCGCAGGGCGGCCUACCUCAAUCUCACCCAGGACCCCAAUCAUCCAGCAAUGAGCCUCAACGCGAGAUUCGCCGAAGUCGAGUGUUUAGCCGAAUCGCAUCAGCAUUUGAGCAAAGAGAGUCUGGCCGGUAAUAAGCCCGCCAAUGCGGUAUUGCACAAGGUGCUUAAUCAAUUGGAGGAACUUCUUUCUGAUAUGAAGUCUGACGUAAGUCGAUUGCCAGCCACCUUGGCUCGCAUACCACCAGUAGCUCAGCGAUUACAGAUGUCCGAGCGAUCGAUCCUGAGCCGAUUGGCAGCUACGGCUCCCGGUGGCAACAGUACGCAGACCGGACAAGCUGCAUUAUUAGCACAACAAUUUCCCCCUGGCUUCACCGGCGGUCAAAUACCAGCCACAUUCGCCGGAGCUGCGAAUUUCGGCAACUUCAGGCCACAAUAUUCCGUGCCUGGGCAACCACCUCAAGGCUUUGCAGCUUGAGUGACUUGAGCAGCAGACACUUUACAGCGGUACAAUGAAAAGCAGGUAACUCACAUCAACCGACAUAAUUCACACUUCGGGCUGAUGCUCGGAGAAUGAAUGGCUAGCGCGCUGCGUAACCUUAUUUUUCGUAAACCACACAAUUUCUAGCUGAAUUCUCACUAAAUAAGGAUCUUUAAGGAUAUGCGCUAAACGUAAACAAAUAAUAUCAGUACUAUCUUAAACAGUAAAUUGAAAAGUUACGUUUUUCCUGUAUUUAUUAUGUGUAUACAUUUAUCGAAUCGAAGAAAAAAAAACUCUUUUUGUAUUGUCAAGAUAUGGAUAUGGAUAUAAGCGAUCGACAUCCCUCCAAUCGAAAAGAACAGAAACUGCGCCAGCGUCUCUUGUAUGUAAUAAGUACACAUUACUUAAAUUUAUUUAAGCAAAACUGUAUUUUUAUUUGGAGACUAAGAUAAACUUUGUUCAAAGAA